AUGAGAGCAGCACUAGAGGAUAAGUUGGGAGUAUUUGCUUACACAUUAGAGUCUUUCUCUGAAGAUAACCAAAUAGAGUUUUUAACUAAGUUUUGGCAAAAGAGCUUAACUAGUGGCAAUAAGAAUAAACUAAAUGAAGAUAAACUAAAGACUUAUGCUAAGGCUCUAAUCAAAUUGUUAGCUCGAUCAAUUAGUGAUAAAGAGAAAGAAUUUACUGGUAUUCCACUUCAAACUAAGAUGAUGGCUGAAGCCUUUCAAGAACAACAAGAAGGAAAAGAGUGGGAAGGAUCGCUGCACCAGGCUACUGAAUUUGGUAAGUGGGAUGUAGUAGAAUUACUGAUAAAUAAAGGAGCUGAUGUUAAGGCUAAAGACAAUUAUGGCAAGACAGUGCUGCACCAGACUGCUGCAUAUGGUCAGUUAGAUGUGGUCAAAUGGCUGGUGGAGGAGAAAGGCGCUGAUGUUAAUGCCAAGGACAACUUGUUUGGUAGAGUGCUGCACAGUGCUGCUGCAUCUGGUCAGUUAGAUAUGGUCAAAUGGCUGGUAAAUAAAGGAGCUGAUAUUAAUGCUAAAAAUAGGUAUGGCAUGACAGUGCUGCACGAUGCUGCUGCAUCUAAUAAGUGGGAUGUAGUCAAAUGGCUGGUAAAUAAAGGAGCUAAUGUUAAUGCUAAAAAUAGGUAUGGCAUGACAGUGCUGCACAGGGCUGCUGAAUUUGGUCAGUUAGAUGUGGUCAAAUGGCUGGUGGAGGAGAAAAGAGCUGAUGUUAAUGCUAUAAACUUGUAUGGCAUGACAGUGCUGCACGAUGCUGCUGCAUCUAAUAAGUGGGAUGUAGUCAAAUGGCUGGUAAAUAAAGGAGCUGAUGUUAAUGCUAAAAAUAGGUAUGGCAGGACAGUGCUGCACAGUGCUGCUAAAUCUGGUCAGUUAGAUAUGGUCAAAUGGCUGGUGGAUGAGAAAGGUGCUGAUGUUAAUGCUAAAGACAAGCAUGGUGAAACAGUGCUGCACUGGGCUGCUGGGGAGGGUAAUUGGGAGGUGGUCAAGGCGCUGGUGGAGGAGGAGAAAGGCGUUGAUGUUAAGGCUGAAGAUAGGUAUGGUGAAACAGUGCUGCACAGGGCUGCUGUAUUUGGUAAGUGGGAUGUAGUCAAAUGGCUGGUAAAUAAAGGAGCUGAUGUUAAUGCUAAAAAUAGGUAUGGCAGGACAGUGCUGCACUUUGCUGCUGCAUCAUUUACUAGUCAGUUAGAUGUGGUCAAAUGGCUGGUAGAACAAGGAGCUGAUGUUAAUGCUAAAGACAAGGAUGGCGCAACAGUGCUGCACAGUGCUGCUGCAUCUGGUAAGUUAGAUGUGGUCAAAUGGCUGGUGGAGGAGAAAGAUGCUGAUAUUAACCUUCAGGACAACAAAAACAAAUCCAGUCUCACGGGAAGCAACAGGGCUGUUUCUCAGCUCUUGUUCUUGAAGGACGCAUCGUUAAACCUGCCGCAACUAUUUCUUUCUAAUCUCCAGACUUCGGCUGAACUUUAUGAGCGAUUAGCUCAAGGAGCUAGAUUCACCGACAAGCAGCUUACCUGCUGUUCUUAG